AGUUUACAUGCACCUUGUGUUGACAUCUGCCGGUAGCGUACUCACACACUGACUGUUGGAUUUGUACGUGGCGCUUUAGAAAGCAGUUGAAGCUAGGUUCCAGGAGAACCACAGAUCCAGGAGAACAGGUGUGUGGGGAGGGAAACAGAAACAAUGUCUCCUCCUCGACUCACAGGAGCACUUCGGUCCUUCUCCAGUGUCAGCAAGAAGGAGGACUUCAGCGAACAGCUCUAUGAUCUAAAGGCCAAGCGUCUGAAGAGACAGGAGCUGUUUGCCAGAGAGGGCCUGACGUGGCAUAGGAUUGUCCAUUUCUGCACCGAGCAUCAGGACAAAAGUCAGCAGCAAGCUGCCAGUCAGGAGCUGAAGAGCCUGCUCCUGGCAGCCAAACAGAUGGUGGGUUCUGAACUCGGUCAGACGGUGGUUGAAAGCGCAGCUGUGUUUCUGUUUGAAACCUUCCACAACAAAGACCACGUUGGUACAGAGGAGACUCGGGCCAUCAAACACAUGUUCGGUCCUUUUCCAUCAUCGGCAGCGGAAGCGUCCUGCACCUCUGUGGGUCGGCUGGUGGCUUUGCUCGGUGACUCCCGAGUCGAAGACUUUAUCCAGAGCCAACGCUCCAGUCACAACCUGGACCGAAGCGCCGCUUUUGGACGCAACAUUGCUUUCUCACAUGAUGGUUACACACUCGACCCACUGGAGGGGCUGCCCUUCUCCAGUAUCCAGGAAGAAAGUGCGAGCUUGGAUUUCAUCAACUUUUUUAACAACCAAAAGAGUGGCAAGAAGGGCAUCAAUGAAGAGGCUAUGUCCAGUACAGGAAGCGCCCUGACCCCCGGGGAUGGCUCCAUCCUUAGAACAGAAGUAGAUAACUAUCUGUGUGGAGGCAACAUGAUGUCAUCCAACCCAGAGGAGCUGUGCACGUCUCUGUUUGAAAUGCUGGCCUCACACAGGAGCAACGAUGAGCUGCAGAACGAGCUGUUUGAGCUGCUCGGCCCAGAGGGGCUGGACAUGAUCUCAACCCUUCUGCAGCGAAGGGCGGCCAUUGUUGACUCCCUCCUCCGCAUCCAGCCUGACAGGACUGUUUAUCCAUCAGAUCUCAGCCUCAAGGUCAGCGCCGAAGUGACCAAGCCCACCUACGGGUGCCAGGUGACCAUCCAAUCAGAGCAGGAGAAACAAAUGCUAAAGAUGUACCGAAGGGAGGAGAAGAAAGAGAGAAGGAGAUUCAAAGGAGGCGAUGAGGGUGACUCUACGGAUGCUCUCCUGACCUUUGACCCCAGAGAGAUGAGAGCCCAGCGAGAGCAGGCCCUGCUGACUGCACGCUAUGAACCUGUGCUGAGCAGAGACAGAGUCUACGAGCGGAUCCGAUAUCCCAACGUCUACGACAACCUCGCAGAGGCCACAAAGACAGCUGCGUUUGUGGGAGGAGCCAGGAUGCUGCUGCCCGAGGGAAUCCGCAGAGAAAACUGUAAGAUGUACGAAGAAGUGGAGAUCCCACCCAAUGAGCCCAUGCCUGUUGGGUUUGAAGAAAAGCCCGUCUACAUCUCUGAAUUAGACGAGAUUGGGCAGCUGGUGUUCAAGGGCAUGAAGCGCCUGAACAGGAUUCAGUCCAUAGUGUUCGAGACGGCCUACAACACCAAUGAGAACCUCCUGAUCUGUGCUCCAACCGGUGCUGGCAAGACCAACAUCGCCAUGCUGACAGUUCUCCAUGAAAUCCGUCAGCACUUGCAGCCCAGUGGUGUCAUUAAGAAAGAUGAAUUCAAGAUCGUAUAUGUGGCUCCAAUGAAAGCCUUGGCGGCUGAGAUGACGAACUACUUUGGUAAGCGGCUGGAGCCACUGGGCAUCACUGUGAAAGAACUCACUGGAGACAUGCAGCUUACCAAAGGGGAGAUCCUUCGAACACAGAUGUUGGUGACGACUCCGGAGAAGUGGGACGUUGUGACCAGGAAGAGUGUUGGCGAUGUGGCUCUGUCACAGAUUGUACGGCUCCUCAUCUUGGAUGAAGUCCAUCUAUUGCAUGAAGAUCGAGGCCCGGUUCUUGAGAGUCUGGUGGCCCGGACCAUCAGACAGGUGGAGUCCACCCAGAGCAUGAUCAGGAUUCUGGGACUGUCUGCUACCCUGCCUAACUAUCUGGAUGUGGCCACCUUCCUACAUGUCAACCCAUUUAUUGGUCUCUUCUUCUUUGACGGUCGCUUCAGACCAGUGCCUCUGGGACAGACCUUUGUUGGCAUCAAAACCAAUAACAAGAUCCAGCAGAUCCAUGACAUGGAGGAGGUUUGUUAUGACAAAGUUCUGGAACAGGUGAAGGCAGGUCACCAGGUGAUGGUGUUUGUCCAUGCUCGUAAUGCCACAGUGAGGACGGCCAUGGGGCUCAUCGAGAUGGCGAAGAACCGUGGAGAGAUUUGUUUCUUUCAACCAGACCAAGGAUCAGACUAUGGCCAGUGUGAGAAACAGAUCCAACGCUCCAGGAACAAGCAGAUGAAAGAAAUGUUUCCUGAAGGUUUUGGCAUCCACCAUGCUGGCAUGCUGCGCUCUGACCGCAGCCUGAUGGAGAGCAUGUUCUCCAGAGGCCACCUCAAGGUCCUGGUCUGUACCGCCACCUUGGCCUGGGGAGUGAACCUGCCGGCUCACGCUGUCAUCAUCAAGGGUACCCAAAUAUACGAUGCCAAGCGCGGCGCUGUGGUUGAUCUGGGCAUCCUGGACGUCAUGCAGAUUUUUGGAAGAGCAGGUCGUCCGCAGUUUGAUAAGUAUGGCGAGGGAACCAUCAUCACCACCCACGACAAGCUGAGCCAUUACCUGACCCUGCUCACCCAGCAGAACUUCAUAGAGAGUCGGUUCCUGGACAGCCUGGCCGAUAACCUCAACGCUGAGAUUGCUCUGGGAACGGUCACCAACGUGGAGGAAGCUGUGAAGUGGCUCAGUUACACCUACCUUUAUGUUCGCAUGAGGGCCAACCCGCUGGCGUACGGCAUCAACCACAAGGCCUCUCAGAUGGAUCCAGCUUUGGAGCUGUACAGGAAGGAUCUGGUGGUGGAGUCGGGCAGGAAGCUGGAUAAGGCCAGGAUGAUCCGCUUCGAUGAGCGCACCGGCUACUUUGCCUCGACAGACCUGGGCAGGACUGCGAGCCACUUCUACAUCAAAUAUAACACCAUAGAGACGUUCAAUGAACAUUUCAACUCUCAGCGAACAGAAGCCGACGUCCUCAGCAUCGUCUCCAAAGCUGAGGAGUUUGAACAACUCAAGGUUCGAGAGGAGGAGAUGGAGGAGCUGGAGCAGAUGCUGUGUACCUACUGUCAGCUUCCAGCUGCAGGAGGUGUGGAGAACGGCUACGGCAAAGUCAACAUCCUGCUGCAGACGUACAUCGGCCGAGGAGAAGUGGACAGCUUCUCGCUCAUCUCGGACCUGUCCUAUGUUGCGCAGAACGCUGCUCGCAUCGUGAGGGCCUUGUUUGAGAUCGCUUUGAGGAAGCGCUGGCCUGCUAUGACCCAUCGACUGCUCACCCUGUGCAAGGUGAUCGACAAGCGGCUGUGGGGCUCUGCCCACCCCCUCCGACAGUUCCCCAACCUGAGCCCCGUCGUGCUGAACCGCUUGGAGGAGAAGAAGCUGACUGUGGACAAACUCAAGGAGAUGAGGAAGGAUGACAUUGGUCACAUGCUGCACCACGUCAACAUCGGGUUAACGGUCAAACAGUGUGUCCACCAGAUCCCCUCGAUCUCAAUGGAGGCCACCAUCCAGCCAAUCACACGCACCGUGUUGCGUGUUCGUCUCAUUGUCACACCUGAUUUUCGCUGGAAUGACCAGGUCCAUGGAUCAGUGGGUGAGCCCUGGUGGUUGUGGGUGGAAGAUCCCAUAAAUGAUCACAUCUACCACUCUGAGUUUUUCCUCCUGCAGAAGAAACAGGUGGUGUCAGGAGAGCCUCAGCACAUCGUGUUCACCAUUCCCAUCUUUGAGCCGUUGCCCUCACAGUACUACAUCAGGGCCGUCUCUGAUCGAUGGCUCGGUGCUGAAGCUGUCUGCAUUAUCAACUUCCAGGACCUGAUCUUACCAGAGCGACACCCCCCACACACUGAGCUACUAGACCUCCAGCCGUUGCCAGUAACUGCUCUGGGUAACCGAGAGUACGAGAGCCUUUACAAGUUCACUCACUUCAACCCCAUCCAGACCCAAAUCUUCCACACACUCUACCACACCGACACCAACGUCUUGCUGGGAGCGCCGACGGGCUCUGGAAAAACCAUCGCAGCAGAGAUGGCUAUGUUCCGGGUCUUCAACAAGUAUCCAUCCUCCAAGGUCGUGUAUAUUGCCCCUUUGAAGGCCCUGGUGAGGGAGCGCAUUGAGGACUGGAAGGUCAGGAUUGAAGAGAAACUUGGAAAAAACGUGGUGGAGCUGACCGGGGACGUGACUCCAGACAUGAGAGCCAUAGCAAAAGCUGACCUGAUCGUCACCACGCCCGAAAAGUGGGAUGGAGUAAGCAGGAGUUGGCAGAAUCGAAGCUACGUCCAGAAAGUAGCUAUUCUCAUUAUCGAUGAGAUCCACCUGCUAGGUGAGGACAGAGGUCCGGUCCUCGAGGUCAUUGUGUCCAGGACCAACUUCAUCUCGUCUCACACUUCCAAGAGUGUUCGAGUAGUUGGGCUGUCCACGGCUCUGGCCAACGCUCGAGACCUGGCUGACUGGUUGGGCAUCGGACAGGUGGGUUUGUUUAACUUCCGUCCGUCUGUGCGCCCGGUCCCGCUUGAAGUUCACAUCCACGGUUUUCCAGGACAGCACUACUGCCCCCGCAUGGCCAGCAUGAACAAGCCCACCUUCCAAGCAAUACGCUCUCACUCUCCAGCCAAGCCUGUGCUCAUUUUUGUGUCAUCACGAAGGCAAACUCGCCUGACCGCCCUGGACCUCAUCGCCUACCUGGCUACAGAGGACAACCCCAAACAGUGGCUGCACCAGGAUGAGAGAGAGAUAGAGGACAUCAUUGGUACCGUUCGAGAUUCCAACCUGAAGCUGACGCUGGCCUUUGGGAUCGGCAUGCAUCAUGCAGGCCUCCAUGAGAGAGACAGAAAGACUGUAGAGGAGCUGUUUGUCAACUGUAAGAUUCAGGUUCUGAUUGCUACCAGCACUCUGGCCUGGGGAGUGAACUUCCCCGCUCACCUGGUUGUCGUCAAGGGAACCGAGUACUACGAUGGCAAAUCCAGGCGCUAUGUGGACUACCCCAUCACAGACGUGCUGCAGAUGAUGGGGCGAGCAGGCCGUCCUCAGUUUGAUGAUCAGGGCAAAGCAGUCAUCCUUGUCCACGACAUAAAGAAGGAUUUCUACAAGAAGUUUCUGUACGAGCCGUUUCCUGUAGAGUCCAGCCUCCUCAGCGUGCUGUCUGAUCAUCUGAAUGCUGAGAUUGCUGCAGGAACCAUCUCAUCCAAGCAGGACGCCAUGGACUACAUCACCUGGACCUACUUCUUCAGACGGCUGAUGAUGAAUCCCAGACAGAGCCCACUCCAGAACAUUCCAGCCUGUUGGUAAUUGCACGCCUGUCAUCCCACAUUUACCACUGACGGAGGCCCAGCCAGUGGCUCUGUAACCCUGCAGGCCUGUGAAACCAUUCAAACUGGGAUUUUGGGUCAGUAUUCACAUUUCAGAGAGGCUUUAGAGUGUCGCUGGAUUGAUUCGUUGUCAUCUGCUGCAAACUGUGGGAACACAGCGCCCGUGUGCUUCUCUUACUGCAGCCCUACAGACUUCACUGUUUCUCACUGAAAGAUGAAGGAGUGAUUUAAUCAUCAGUUGUAAUGUUACAAAGCAGCCUGCUGGGUUUCCAUAUAGUGUUCAUAGUAAAUUAUUAUACUUUUGUUUUCCUGACAGCUCCUUGUUGACUUUAAACAGACACUGGACUGGUUCUUAUACAGCGCUUUUCUACUCAUCUGAGCACUCAAAGCACUUUACACAACUUGUUCAUUCACCCAUUCACACCAGCACUUUUUCCUAAGUGCUUCCUAACUAACAUCCACACAGCAUUCACACUCUGAUGGAUGUGUCGGAGAGCAACAUGGGGUUAGUAUCUUGCCCAAGGAUAUUUGGCAUGUAGACUGGAGCAGACUAGGAUCGAACCACCGACCUUCCGGCCAGUAGGUGACCUGCUCUGCCACCUGAGCUACUGGAGAUGGAAACCAGUCAGAACUGUAUAAAUGGAUCAGGAUCAGAUAUCAGACUGGUUCAGCUGGUGUCUUUGCAGGCACAGAAGAAGCACGUGUACUCUUACCUCCACAGCACAUAUCUAUGAUGUCAUUCGUGUUACACUGAGGUGAUUGGACAGGGUUGGAGCAUAGGAGCAGCUUCCUUCAGGCUCAUCUUCACUGUGACAGGCAGGUGCAGUGUCUGCAUCACUGCAUCACUUCCACUGUUACCCCUUUGAUGAUAAUAAUAAGGCUCCCAGCCGUGUGUUUGACAGAUUGUAUCAAAGCUCUUAUUCUUAAUACACACGUUCAAACUCUGCAUCAUUUUGCAACUUUUUCUGGAACCCAGCUUGAUUUUUCCUAUUUUUAGAUCCAAAUAAACAGAUCUGACCAAUCAGAGCACUGCACUUAGCAGCACAUUCACUCAUUGUUCAAACACACACCAGCACUGAAUAUGCACUGAUGUGGGAAUAGUAACAUAAAACCAUUUCCACACAGCUACACAAUGCUCCAGGUCAGUACGCUCUCAGAAAGCAUUUCUCUGUCAGAUGUGGAUCCAACUCUGCCAACCAGACUUCAAACUGACAUCCUGAAAUAUGUAGAAAAGCAGCUUCAGCUCCUGGAUCAAACCAUUCCCUUCUCCCUGCUGCCACCUUCUCCUGAGAAAUGGAAGAACCCAAAAGUUCUGCUUCUUCCUUUUCUCGUGCAGAAACUUCUGGACAGCUCAUCAGCGCUCUCCAUUUUUAGCAGCGCAUUUUCUGAGGAUGAAUGUUCCACAGAAACACAUCGUGUUCAGCGUGUGUGUAUAUUUACAUGUUACAUGAACACAAAUUCACAUUUUCAUGUGUCUUUUUCACAACACGUUGGUGUGUAACAGCAGAAAUGCAAGACAGCCUAAUUAUAGCUGACUCUUUCUGUAAGCUGUGUUUGAUCCAAAGACUGUGUUUCCUUUGGAUCUGCAGCCAGAAUGAAAGAGAGUCUCCUUCACACACUCAGCAGAUCUCUCACCUGUAUCUGCCUGUGUUGGUUCUACAGACAUGAUCGAGAUCUUAACCUGAGACCCAGAGUUGUGGGAACAGUGCUGAGCAUGCUGCAGAUGAGUGGGCUCGUUUAGAUUUCACCAGAGUCUGAAUGAGUCUAGAAAUAAAUGUGAAAAUCACCUAUGAAUAAUAUUCCAUCUAUCCUGAGCACUAAAGUCUGAUAAAAAACGUCAGACGAUAAACCACAAUAACAAAGAUUUGUGUGUUUUCCAGUUGGGGUGCACAUUGCUAAGAGUAAAUCUGUAAACCUAAUGAUGGGUUUGAUGGAUGAAUGAAAUGGAAAGAUUGCUGUGCUUGAAGAAUCCCUGUGUGGAUAAGACACACUGAAAGUUUCACUUCCAGGUUCUGGGAAUAGCCUAACAGUGCACAUCCAGCUGAAAGGUUUUAUUAUCGUUUCAUUUGUGAGUUUUUAUGGUCAACUUUGUGUUUUCUCUCUAAGUGCUGCUGUUAGAGCUGAUAGGAAAGGGGAAAGACUGGACAGUCAUGUUAAUCAGUUUGGCUGUUCCUGUGGAGACGCACCAUACGAUGCUUCCUCUGCAGAGGUUUGUCCAGUUACCUCUGAAGCCUCGGUGGUUUCUGGACCUUUUUUUGUCAGCUAACAAUAGUUCACUUGUAGCUGAUCGGGUGGUCGGCGAGUUUUUGGCUAACGAUAGUUAUUUCCAUGUUUGAGACGUCUGAGCUCAGCUGACAGAUCAGCUCCAGCACCACACACACGUUUGUGCACGCUCUAACCGUUAGCCUAACCUCAGAUUAUUAAAUUCACUGUUGGUACCCUCAGUGUGCCCAUUGUUCUCUCUGGUAUCUCCACAAAGCUGCGUGUUACAUCCGCUCUUUCAUUCCCAUAACACACACACACACACACACACACACACACAUGUCUGGUUUGCUAUCCUCGUGGGGACAUCCCAUUGACAUAAUGCUUUCCCUAGCCGCUUACCCUAACCCUAACCAUCAAAAAUGAAUGCCUAACCCUGACCCUUACCCUAAACCUAACCAUAACCUAAUUGUAACCCUGACACUAAAA